GGCAGAGGCGAUGCUCUAGUGGUCGCCAUGGAGACCGCUGGGCCGCGGAGAGGAAGGAGGCGGUGACGUCAUUGCGGGAGCAAGUGCAGCGGCCGCAGCCUCGUCUUAGCCCGGCCACGGGGCACCGAGGGCAGCCUCUGGGCCAGCGGCACCGAACCACCGAACCCGCCGCUCUGCCUGCCAGGCCUCCACCCCCAGCACCCGGGUGGCAGCGGCCCCAGCGAGAUCCGCAGCCUCAAGUCUGCUGAGACCUUCGGAGGCACCGCCAAGCGAGGGGAAGCGGCAUCUUCAGAGCCUCCCUGGUGCGGCCUCGCCCGGGAGCCACGAGCCGGCUGGCAGGCACCCUCCUGGCUUCACUCUGCGCGAGUCCCUGGGAUCCCCAAGGGCAGGGCCCCGGGCAGCCUCGGCAGGUGGACAGAUCAGGCCGCGCGCCUCUCUCUCUCUCUCUCUCUCUCUCUCUCUCUCUCUCUCUCUCUCUCGCAGGGCCUUGGGGAAGGAAGGGACUGUGGCAUCCUGGAUACCCCCGCGGAGUCCCGAGGCAGCGCGGGGGCGCGCCAGCGGGCUUACUGCUGCCUCCGAGAGCUGGGCAAGAUGCUGUUCGGGGUGAAGGACAUCGCGCUGCUGGAGCACGGCUGCCAGGCCCUGGAGGUGGACAGCGCCCGGUCCCUGAUGAUCCUGGGCAUCCCCGAGGACUGCGGCCACGAGGAGUUCGAGGAGAUCAUCCGGGCCCCGCUGAAACCGCUGGGCGAGUUCGAGGUGGCGGGGAAGGCCUUCGUGGAGGAGGAGCGCUCCAAGGCGGCCAUCAUCAGGCUGCUGGGGGACGUCACCCACGCCGCCAUCCCCCGGGAGAUCCAGGGCAAGGGCGGCGCCUGGAGGGUGGUCUAUAUGCCCCGCAAGCAGGACAUCGAGUUCCUGACCAAGCUGAACCUCUUCCUGCACAGCGAGGGCCGGACGGUGGAGGACGUGGCCCGGGUCCUGAGGCAGGAGCUGUGCCCGACGCCGACGCGCCCCAGGGAGCCGCCGGCCAGGAAGCUCUGUGCGCCCGGGUCCCCCGAGAAGCCGAAACCGGGGGCGGGGACCUCCGCGGCGCUGGCCCGGGCGCCGCCUCUGGACUCCGCCGAGGACAGCAAGGCUGCAGACGGCAAGAAGGGCAAGCGGAAGCCGAAGAAAAACCGCCGGCGGCACCAUGCCUCGGACAAGAAGCUGUGAGGUGGGGUGGGGUGGGCGAGAGGCAGCGAGGGAGUGUGGGCGUCAGCUGAGUGGGUGUGGGUGGCCACUGAGGGAAGGUGGGUACCACCUGAGUGAGUUGGGGCAUGCGAGUGAGUGUGGGUCCUGUGGGUGAGGUGGGUCACUCCGUCGAGUGGGUAACUGAGUAGGAAUGGUAUCAUCUGGGUGGGCCUGGUUACAUCUGACUGUGUGCGUGAGGGUGGGCGUUUGCAUCUGAGUUAACGUGUGGGUUACAGCUGCGGGAGGGUGGGGCAUGCAUUCAUUCCACCAUUCAUUCAUUCAUUCAUUCAUUCAUUCAUUCAUAGUCAAUUGACUAUGCCCCAGGCACUGUCGUAGGAGCAGGGAAUAUGGAAGGAACAAAUCCUGCCUUCACUGGUAACAUUUGAGUUCCUUGGAUACAUCUGAACGGGGGUGGGUACCAUCUGAGCAGACGCGGGUAAUAUCCGGUUGCGUGUGGCUCAUUCAUUCAGCAAAUAUUCCCCGAGCACCCACGGUGUACCAGGCACUGUUCCAGGCACCGGGGGUACAUCAGGGAACAAACAGCCCCCAGCCUUGCCCCCACGGCACUCGUGUUAAGUGGGUGCGAGUAGCAUCGAAGUUACCUGGCUGCAUGCGUGAGCGUGGGUACCACGUGAGUGUGUGGGCAGCAUCCGCGCACGUGUAACAUGUGAGUCCGGGUGGGUUAUAUUUGAGCGGUUGGGAGUAGCACCUGAUGAUGUGUGUGUGUGUGUGUGUGGGGGGGUAUUAUGUGAGUCGGGGAGGCAACUUCUGAGUGAGGAAGCGCCUCAAAAUCCUGCAAACGCGGCUGACUCCCGGGAGACGCCGCGGGACCAGCCGCGCAGUCGCAGUCGGCGGCGCUGAGCAGCGCGUCGGGCCGUUGCCACGGAGACCGCGUCCCCUCCCCCACCCACGCGGUGCCUGCAGGUGUUUGCGGGAACUGGAAGGAGAGAAACCGGUGCGGGACUCCAGGGUUUUACAGGAGGUCUUUCCAUAGAGCUGAGGAGCAUGGCAGGUGGUGGGGACUCGGGGCCAGGGAGGAAGGCCGCUGCUGUCCCCUCGCCACCCCCGCGGCCGCUGCCGCCGUGAGGACAGCCCCUCUUGCUGCGUGUGUGUUGCGGGAAGGAAGCACGGACGCCCCUACCUCCGGGCCGCCUGGAAAUCCUGCCACCGCGAAGUCUAGAGUCGUUUUUUGUCUUCUAGAAGGAUGUGCUUUGGCUGGACCUCUGGCACAGACUGUCCGGAGUGCGCGCCCUGUCUGCACACGACCAGCAGGGACCGAGCCUGACCAAGUGAGCUGCCUGCUCGCCAGGCCCGAGGGGCUCGCUGCUCUGAAAAGCGGCCGCUGUUCCCUACACGCUGCGUGUCCCUGGCCGGGAUGGUCAGCCAGGGACCCUUCUGCUCUGAUUGGCGCCAGAGGUCAGGGUAGGGGUCUCCCCAAAUUAAAUCCUAGAGGCUCUGACGUGGGGGGAGGGGCACGUUCCGCUCUCUAAAGAACAAGAGGCAAGGCUUGCAGGGAAUGGCCCAAAAGGCGGUAAAUAAUUAAGAGGUCACCUUCAAGAGUUACCCAUUAACGACAGUCAGGUUGAGUUGCCAAGUCCCCUGGGAUGAUAAAGAACAGAGGGAAGGCAGGCAGGCAGACAGGAAGGCAGGCAGGAAGGAAGGAA